AUGGCUGCUAAAAACAUCACAUAUGCUGCGGCUGUAACAGGAUUUAUGAGAAGCCUUAUUGGUAAAGAGAUUAUGACGGACCUAGCUUUAAAUACGUUCGUUUUGGAGUCAAUGGCGUACUAUAUUGGCGGUAUGCAAGAUGAGGAGCUGAUUUUAACUGUUGAUGUCGAAAAUGCUGUUGUACAUGUACAAGCCAUUGCUAUAAUUGAAGUUGUUGGCAUAAAUUCUUGCGAAUGCCAGUUUGAAUAUGAGAAAAUACUGAGGGAUCUUCUUACUGUAGCUUCUCUUGGUAAUUCGCGAACUAACGUGACAGAUUUAAUUGCCAUGAACGUAAUUACGUCAUGGGCCAAUACAAACGCCACAAGUCUUCAGAAAAUUAGAUCAGGUGCCGCAGGUUUAUUUGGUUCCAUGUUCGGUGUUGAAUGGCGUUACAGAGAAAACCCCAAACUGAAGCAUUAUAUUGCUGAACACGCACACCCCUCAUUACAACAGCCGUGUGAAGACUUGGAGUACACUAUGAGCCGUCUGAACGGCGUGAUAGGGGCCAUCGUUCGUAGGGAAGGAAAGACCGUCACCAGAGACUUCUUCACCUUAACUAGCAUCGCAAACGUUAUAGAAAUAAAUUUAGCGAUGAUGGCCACUAUAGCUAGAGCCAGCCGUUCCUACUGCAUUGGCCUCAGGAACUCCGACAUUGAGUUUGCUGCUUACAGAGCGAAGACAGAAUUACAAAUGCUUAGCAAAUUUUUUGGCCUGAUACAAAUGACGCCUGCAAUGCUGGAAGUUGGUCGGACCGUGCUCGAUAACAAAGGUUUCUGUUUAGAAAGUCCUACAGAACUGAACUGGUGA